UAUCCCCUCACUCUUCGGUGUCUCCUCGCACUUUUCUCCUUCUUCGUCUUCGUCGAUUCCCUUCUCUCGGAACCCUAAUUCAGAUCCCAUGGCGAACCAGGGCGAGGCCGCUUCCUCCUCCGAUCCGAAAGGGACGAAGAGGGACUUCUCCACGGCGAUCUUGGAGAGGAAGAAGGCUCCGAACCGUUUGGUGGUUGAUGAGGCGGUCAACGAUGACAAUUCGGUGGUCGCGUUGCAUCCCGAGACGAUGGAGAAGCUCCAGCUCUUCCGCGGCGAUACGAUCCUUAUCAAGGGUAAGAAAAGGAGAGACACUAUCUGCAUCGCACUUGCCGAUGACACUUGUGAAGAGCCUAAGAUAAGGAUGAACAAGGUUGUCAGGUCUAACCUCAGGGUAAGGCUCGGUGACGUUGUUUCCGUCCAUCAGUGCCCGGAUGUCAAGUAUGGAAAACGUGUGCAUAUAUUGCCUAUUGACGACACCAUUGAAGGCGUAACUGGCAACUUGUUCGAUGCAUACCUAAAACCUUAUUUCCUUGAGGCAUAUCGCCCGGUAAGGAAGGGUGACCUGUUCCUUGUCAGAGGUGGUAUGCGUUGUGUGGAGUUCAAAGUGAUAGAAACUGACCCUGCUGAAUACUGUGUUGUGGCCCCUGACACUGAAAUCUUUUGCGAGGGCGAACCCGUAAAAAGAGAGGAUGAAGACAGGCUCGAUGAAGUAGGGUAUGAUGAUGUUGGUGGGGUUCGCAAGCAGAUGGCUCAGAUUCGUGAACUAGUUGAAUUACCUCUAAGGCACCCUCAACUCUUCAAAUCCAUCGGAGUAAAGCCACCAAAAGGAAUUCUGCUGUACGGCCCUCCUGGUUCUGGGAAAACGCUUAUUGCACGAGCAGUUGCUAACGAGACAGGUGCUUUCUUCUUUGUUAUAAACGGUCCGGAAAUCAUGUCGAAGCUAGCAGGAGAAAGUGAAAGCAAUCUUAGGAAAGCUUUCGAGGAGGCAGAAAAGAAUGCACCCUCGAUUAUUUUUAUUGAUGAGAUUGAUUCUAUUGCUCCUAAGAGAGAGAAGACUCAUGGGGAGGUUGAGAGGAGAAUUGUCUCUCAACUGUUGACUUUGAUGGAUGGUUUGAAAGCUCGAGCACAUGUAAUUGUGAUUGGAGCCACAAACCGACCUAACAGUAUUGACCCUGCUCUUAGAAGGUUUGGGAGGUUUGAUAGGGAAAUUGAUAUUGGGGUGCCUGAUGAAGUUGGGCGUCUUGAAGUUCUACGCAUCCAUACCAAGAACAUGAAACUUGCUGAAGAUGUUGAUUUGGAAAGAAUUGCAAAAGACACCCAUGGCUAUGUUGGUGCCGAUUUGGCUGCGCUAUGCACUGAAGCUGCUCUACAGUGCAUAAGAGAGAAAAUGGACAUAAUUGACUUAGAGGAUGAAACUAUUGAUGCAGAGAUACUGAACUCAAUGGCUGUCACCAAUGAACAUUUUAAGACGGCUCUUGGAACCAGCAAUCCUUCUGCGCUCCGUGAAACUGUUGUUGAAGUGCCCAAUGUCAGCUGGGAAGAUAUCGGUGGUCUUGAUAAUGUUAAGAGGGAACUGCAGGAGACCGUCCAAUAUCCAGUUGAGCAUCCCGAGAAGUUUGAGAAGUUUGGCAUGUCGCCUUCCAAGGGAGUCCUGUUCUACGGACCACCUGGUUGUGGCAAAACUUUGUUGGCGAAGGCCAUUGCUAAUGAAUGCCAAGCAAACUUCAUCAGUGUGAAGGGUCCUGAACUGCUCACCAUGUGGUUUGGCGAGAGUGAAGCGAAUGUUCGUGAAAUUUUCGACAAGGCUCGCCAAUCUGCGCCAUGCGUCCUCUUCUUUGAUGAGCUCGAUUCCAUUGCAACCCAGAGAGGUAGCAGUGUGGGAGAUGCAGGAGGCGCUGCAGACAGGGUUCUCAACCAGCUCUUGACAGAGAUGGAUGGAAUGUCUGCUAAGAAAACUGUCUUUAUUAUUGGAGCGACCAACAGACCCGACAUUAUUGACCCGGCGCUACUAAGGCCAGGACGGCUGGACCAAUUAAUUUAUAUUCCUUUGCCUGAUGAGGCUUCUCGCCACCAGAUUUUCAAAGCUUGCCUUAGGAAGUCCCCUGUCGCUAAGGAUGUGGAUUUGCACGCCCUUGCGAAGUACACCCAAGGCUUUAGCGGUGCAGAUAUCACAGAGAUUUGCCAGCGGGCUUGCAAAUAUGCCAUUAGAGAGAACAUUGAGAAGGAUAUAGAAAGAGAGAGGAGGAAGAGGGAGAACCCGGAAGCAAUGGAGGAAGACGACGACGCCAACGACGUGGCGGAGAUCAAGGCCGUCCAUUUCGAGGAAUCCAUGAAGUACGCGCGUCGGAGUGUCAGCGACGCCGACAUCAGGAAAUACCAGGCAUUCGCGCAGACUUUACAGCAAUCGAGGGGGUUCGGCAGUGAGUUCCGCUUCUCAGAGCGGUCUGAGGCUGGUGCGGGAGCCGCCGUGGCCGACCCAUUUGCUGCUUCUGGUGCCUCAGCGGACGAUGAUGAUUUAUACAGUUAAACCCUAAGAUGAUGAUGACCUUUUUAGUACACAGUGGAGGCAGUUCAUAAGCUGCUUAUUUACAGCAGUUGCAUAUUUUAUGAAGUUGAUUAUUACAGACAAAAGCCUCAAGUUUAUGUUGAACAUGUUUUAGCUACCUCGUAACAUCUUCAGGAAAUUGCUAUUCUUCAGUGUAUGUUUUAUUCUCUAAUCUGUCCAAUGUACUCUGUUUAAAUUUCACUUACAAAUAUUGAACUUGUGACCUUUUAACUUUUU